AUGGUCGUACACAAUGAAGAAGCAGAAUCCUAUAAAAACAAAGGCAAUGAAGCUUUUAAGGCAGAAAAAUAUGAAGAAGCGAUAUCUUUAUACAGUAAAGCAAUCAACCUGGCAGAACAAGACAGUCGCGAUUUAGCUACGUACAAAAAAAACCGAGCUGCUGCUUAUCUCAAAACUAAAGAUUAUGACAAAGUAAUUAUGGAUUGCGAUGAAGCCUUAAAAAUUGUGCCUGAAGAUCCUAAAGCCUUGUUUCGCCGUUCACAAGCUCUCGAAUGUUUAGAAAGGUAUGAAGAGGCUUAUAGAGAUGCUAAAACAAUAUUCACAGUUGAUCCAAAUAAUAAGGCUAUUCAACCAGUUUUAUCGCGCCUUCAUGCCAUCGUCCAGGAGAGAGCAAGACAGAAUGCGCAAACAAGUACUAAAGUUGAACAGAUGUUUAAACUAGCAUUUGAUGUCCGUGAAGAUACUGAGAAGCGAGAAAAGGCUAUGUCUAACCUGUUGGUUUUAGCUAAAGAGUCUGCUGGUGCAGAUAUUAUGCUCAAAAAUAAUGUUAUACAUAAAAUACAACAACUACUGAAAGUUGAGAAAAAUAAUGAAAUAUAUGUUAAUGCAAUAAGAUGUAUUAGUCAACUAUGUAAAAGAAAUAUUGAGAGAACUAGAGCAAUACUAAAAAUUGUUGGCAUACCCUGGAUUUUAGAGAUGAUUGAUAAUAAUGAAGAGGAAAGAGUGAAUGCUGCUCAAUACUGCUUACAAGUUAUAUUAAACACCUUUUCCGGCAUGGAUACUAAAAAAGACACAAAACCAGACCAAAAACUAUGUGAGGAAAACAAAAGUGAAAUUGAAACUUUACUCACUUGCUUAACAUAUUCUAUUACCAAUAGGGUAAUAACUGGCCUUGCUAGGGAUGCUAUCAUGGAGAUAAUAAUGAGAAAUUGUCACUACACUGCUAUAAAUUGGGCUGAGAGAUUUAUAGAAAUUAAGGGGCUGCAGCGAUUACUUGAAGUUUGUAGUGAAUUAGAGGAGUAUAAGUAUGAAUCAUCUAUGAAUAUCACCCCUUCAUCACGAACUAUAGCAGCUGCUUGUUUGGCUAAAAUUUAUGAGAACAUGUAUUAUGAUGAAGCUAGGGAGCGCUUCAAUAAUCAAGUGGAUGAGUUUGUGAAAGACAAACUAAUGUCCCCAGAUUUGGAAUCAAAAGUAAGAGUCACUGUGGCUAUCACCUCUUUACUAAGAGGCCCCCUUGAUGUUGGGAAUUAUGUCAUUUCCAAGGAAGGCAUUUUAGAAAUGAUAUUGGUCAUGGCACAGACAGAAGACACCCUGCAACAGAAAGUUGCAUGUGAGUGUUUGGUUGCAGCUGCAUCUAAAAAGGAUAAGGCCAGGACUAUUAUUAAUAAGGGUGUUGACAUUUUGAAGAAAUUAUAUCAAUGUAAAAAUGAUGCUGUAAGAGUAAGAGCAUUGGUUGGUCUUUGUAAGGUUGGUAGUUUUGGGGGUGAUGAUGCAUCUAUAAGACCAUUUGCUGAUGGUUCAACUAAGAAACUUGCAGAAGCCUGUAAAAAAUUCCUUGUUAAUCCUGCCAAAGAAAAUGAUAUUAGAAAAUGGGCAGCCGAAGGUCUCUCUUACUUAACUUUAGAUGCAGAUGUCAAAGAAAAACUUGUUGAAGAUAAACCUGCACUUCUAUCCCUCAUUGAACUAGCCAAAACUGGGGACCAGUCUUGUCUUUAUGGUGUUGUAACAACACUAGUUAAUCUGUGUAAUGCUUAUGAAAAACAAGAAGUUAUGCCUGAAAUGAUGGAGUUAGCUAAGUUUGCCAAGCACCACAUACCAGAACAACAUGAGCUAGAUGAUCCUGACUUUAUCAACAAACGAAUAACAGUAUUAGCUAAAGUUGGUGUAACAACAGGUUUGGUUGCCUUAUCUAAGACAGAGAGUCAUAACUCAAGAGAGCUGAUUGCCAGAGUAUUCAAUGCCAUUUGUGGCUUGCCUGAACUCAGAGGAAUUGUUGUACAGCAAGGUGGUGCAAAGGUGUUGAUACCAAUGUCACUAGAAGGUACGAAUAAAGGUAAGAAACAAGCAGCACAGGCUUUAGCUCGUAUUGGUAUUACUAUUAAUCCUGAAGUGGCAUUCCCUGGUCAACGCAAUUUGGAAGUUGUUAGACCUCUUUUGGCAUUAUUACAUCCUGAUUGCAGUGCUUUAGAAAACUUUGAAGCAUUAAUGGCUCUUUGUAAUUUAGCUGGAAUGAAUGAAUCUACUAGAAACAGGAUUUUGAAAGAAGGUGGUCUGGCCAAAAUUGAGCAUUACUUGUAUGAAGAUCAUGAGAUGAUACUCAGAGCUGCUACUCAAUGUGUUUGCAAUUUAUUACAAUCUGAGGAGGUUAUCAAAACCUAUGAAGGCAGUAAUGAUAAGACGAAAUUUUUAUAUCUCUUAUGUCAAGAAGAAGAUCUUGAUACAGUUAUGGCAGCCGCUGGAGCUCUGUGUAUAUUAACAUCAGCAAGCAAAAUUUGCUGUAGAAAAUUGUUAGAUGUACAAGUGUGGCCUGAGACUUUAAGAUGCUUAUUGGCAAAUCCCAAUAAGGAAGUUCAAUAUAGAGGUACAUAUAUGCUGUACAAUAUAAUAACUUGUGAUAAGGACAUAGCAGCAAAAAUAUUCGAAACAGACAUUAUGGAAAUUUUAAUGGCUCUAACUAAACUAGAUGAUCCAGAUCUAAAGAAAACAGUGGAAAAUGCGCAAAAAUGUUUGACUGCGGCUGAGGAAUUGGGUGUUAUAAGGAAACCUGAUGCUUCACAUAUGGUAGAUCCAUUUCAAGAAGCAAAUAUUCAUGAAGUGGAUGAAGAUGAUAAUGAAACAUAA